AUGGCAAUUCUGAUCGGCUUUACGAUACUAUGGACGCUGGCUAUCCAGGUUGUCGCCAGUGUAUUUAAUAAGAGUAUGCUUGUACCAUUCCAUGACAAGCCUCGCGUGUUCAUUUUGUCGGAUAUCUCCAAUGAACCCGACGACCAGGAAUCAUUGACCCGUUACCUGCUCUAUUCCAAUCAGUUCCAGACCGAGGGCAUUGUCGCUGUCACUUCAACAUGGCUCACCGAUGAAGUUCACCCUGAGGCUAUGGUGAGUGUCAUCAAUGCCUAUGGCAAUGUCACCAGUAAUCUGAACCGUCAUGCCCCCCUGGGUUCGCCCUAUCCAUCAGGUGACCACGUCCGAAGCCUUGUGCGCAAAGGCGCCGCAACCUAUGGAAUGAAAGCCGUAGGGAAGGACAUCCCACUAAGCGAUGGAGGAAAACUGCUCCUCGAGCGCCUCCAAGACGAAACCGACGAGCCCCUAUGGGUCCUCGCCUGGGGUGGUACAAACGUACUCGCCCAAGUCCUAUACAAAAUCCAUGAGAACUACUUUUCAACCAAAGCCAAAGCCAUGCGCUCCAAGCUCCGCGUUUAUACCAUCUCUGACCAGGAUGACACUGGUGCCUGGAUUCGUCAACAGUACCCCGAUAUCUUCUAUAUCUCCUCGAUACACGGCUGGAACCAGUACGGCCUGGCUGCAUGGAUCGGUAUCUCUGGCGAAGACUAUUACGGCGAAGAUGCCGGCGGGCCCGACUUCUCUAAAGUGACGCAUAAGUGGUUGCACGACAAUAUCCAGAUCAGACCAUACGGCAAAGCUGCCUACCCAGACUAUGCGUAUAUUAUGGAGGGGGAUACGCCGACAUUCCUGUAUCUCAUUCAGAAUGGACUAGGCGUUCGCGAGCACCCAGAUUACGGCUCUUGGGGAGGCCGGUACUCGAAAGUGAACCCAUCCACGGUCUUAAACUUCAAUCACUACAGCGAUGCAGCGGACCGUGUUCUCGGGAAGAACAACCACACAUAUAUUUCCAACCGGGCGACAAUCUGGCGAUGGAGAAAUGCCUUCCAGAAUGACUUCGCAGCUCGUAUGCAGUGGUCUCUGCCAGCGAAUAUGAGUAAGCCGAACCACCACCCCGUGGUGUCAAUUAACGGCAGCACCGGGCCAGUCCCGUUGAAUCUCACCGUGGAAGCUGGUUCGACUGUUACCCUGGAUGCAUCUGCUACUUCAGACCCCGAUGGUGAUGCUCUGACUUUCAACUGGUUCCAGUACAAAGAAUCGGGCUCAACUGAUUGGAAUGUUGAGGCACAGGUUCCCCAGCUGAAUAUUAGCACUUCAAAUGGUGGUCGGCUUGCGCAGAUGCCGAUCCCAGCGGAGAAAGUGAGCUGCGAUGGCGAAGGGGCUAAUCCAUCUGGAUGCUGGUUGCUUCAUUUGAUCCUUGAGGUUACGGAUAAUGGGCACCAUCCGUUGACUAGUUAUCGUCGGGUGUUGUUGCAGACGACGAACACUACACAGACUUCAGCAUAA